AUGCCAUUUGGCGAACUCAUCUGUGGCUCACCAGGCAGUGGAAAAUCCACAUACUGUUACGGAAAGCAUCAACUUUUCACUGCUCUAAAUCGUCCUAUUUCUGUUGUCAAUCUCGACCCAGCAAAUGAAACGAUACCCUACCCGUGCGCAAUCGACAUAUCGUCUUUAGUCACUCUCAAGGAUGUUAUGGAAGAACAUGGUUUGGGUCCCAACGGGGGGAUGUUAUAUUGUCUAGAGUAUCUGGAGGUGAACCAGGACUGGUUAGAGGACAGGUUGAAGGAGCUAGGACCGGAUGCUUAUGUGCUUUUCGAUCUUCCUGGUCAAGUUGAACUGAGCACAAACCACGAAAGUGUCAAGAGAAUUGUCGAAAAACUAACGAAGAGCGGUUUCCGGCUCGCUGCGGUUCAUCUUUGUGAUGCACAUUAUGUGACGGACGCUUCAAAAUACAUUUCAGUCUUAUUACUUUCACUGAGGACGAUGUUACAUUUGGAAUUACCUCACAUCAAUGUUCUCUCGAAGAUAGACCUAUUAAAGCAGUACGGAGAAUUAGACUUCAAUCUCGACUUCUAUACUGAGGUUCAAGACCUAUCCUAUCUGGAAAACACUUUAACACAAUCUUCACCUCGAUUCGCUGCUCUCAAUAUGGCGAUCAUCUCUUUAAUCGAGGAUUAUGGCCUCGUCGGCUUCGAGACACUUGCUGUGGAGGACAAAAAUUCCAUGCUACAUCUUACACGAGCUAUCGAUCGAGCGACAGGGUAUGUCUUUGUACCCCCAGCAGGUUCUCAAGUGCCUCCAGGAACCGUAGACGAACCCGAUGGCGCAUCCGCUCGCCCCAACACGUACGCACUAUUUUCUAGUGCUGCAGGUCAGCUGCAAGGUCCUGUGAGUGAUGUGCGAGAUGUUCAGGAAAGAUGGAUCGAUGAAAGAGAGACGCACGAUGCGUAUGAAAAGAAUCAAUGGAGGAAGGAGGGUGAAAUGUUACGAGAUGAAGUCGCUCGAAGUAAAAUAAGAGAUCGCAAACCAGGAACUUAG